AAAUAAAGACAUCACGUGUCUAAAAAUAAUCAACUGUUGUAGUAGUUUGGUUCAUGAUGUUCUUUAACGCUGAAAUUGAGCAUCGAGUGCACUGGUCGAAUGUAAGCGUGAAAAGGCACCUUUAUCACUGAAGGCGCAACUCGUUGCGCGACUCUGAUGCAGAUUGUCAUCUAGUAUACAUCGAGGUUUCAAGUUUCUAUUGAACAAUCACCGAAAAAUUUUGGCGAUAUAUAUUCACAUGAUUUGCAAAUGUAUCAAAAUUUUCCAUUUGGAGAGAUAACGUUAGAUGCACUGAAGGAAAUAAGUGAAACCAGGCUCAAAGUUCUUACUCUGGUAGAACGUAUACAUUUACAAAAAAUGAUACUAUCUGUGUCACAACGCAAAGCUGCAUUGAUAAAAGAAUUGCAGCAGAAAGAAUUACAUGAAUUUGCAAAUCUGAUCAAUAGUUCAGGAUGUAAAUCACAUACAGAUCUGAAUAUUCAUGUUAGAAGGAGAGAUCACAUAUCUCACUUUGUAUUAAAGUCUACAGUUGCCUUCAAUGUAUUAAAAAAACGCUGGUUUUUCAAACAAGAAAUGAGAUUGUUUAAAUGGAGAUUUACUUCAUUAGAUAAUGAGGGCAUCAAACAGUUUAUGCGUAUUAAUAAUUUCGAUUUUGAACCAAUCAGUCAAAGUGAAAAGGAGGAUAUUAAAGAAUAUCUACAGACAUCUUCAAACAAGGAUAUCGAUGACAUGCAAUUUUACAGAAUACCCUUUUCUCAUGUACCUAGUUUAAUUAAAAAACGUAAAGUCUUUAUUAUGAAUGGUGAAGCAUUUGUACCUGAAGAAGAAAUGGUAUUUCUGUUUAUACCAUACUUUAGAAAUAUACUGAUUUCAAGCUUUGAGAAUGCACGUGAGGCUAGAGCUAAUAUAUACAAUGAUGAAAGAUUUACGAAUAUCUUUGCAAGUUUAGAAAACAGUAUUCAUAUUGAGAAUACUAUAUUAGUACAAAAACAAGAAGUACAACAAUAUGUUUCACUUAAUCAAUUGGAUAAGCUUUCAGAGACCUCUUAUCCUCUUUGUAUGAGAGUGCUUCACAAAGCACUAAGGAAGAAUCAUCAUCUCACUCAUGGUGGUAGAGUACAGUACGGUUUAUUUUUGAAGGGCAUAGGAAUUUCUUUGCCCGACGCAAUGGCGUUUUGGAAAAAUGAGUUCACACAAGUAAUGGAUGAAGCUACAUUUAACAAAGAGCAUAGCUAUCAAAUAAGAUUUGCCUUUGGAUGGGAAGGCAGUCGGCGAGAUUAUCAGCCUUUUACGUGUCUAAAAAUUAUGGAGUCAAUUGUAGGACCUAGAGAUUAUCAUGGAUGUCCUUUUAAGCACAUGCCUCUUGGUAUACUCGAAGAUGAACUUACCGAUUGCGGUUUCAAUGCGUUGGAGAGAUCAGCAAUAACAAACUUAUCGAGAGACGGCCAAUAUUCUGCAGCGUGUAACAAGUACUAUGAAAUUAAACAUAAUUGUUUUAACGACACCGUGUUUAAACAUCCAAAUGUAUAUUUUAAUGAGAGUGUAAAUCGCUAUCAUGAUCUGGAUCUGGAAACAGAAAAUGCAUAUUAAUUAUUAUACAAGAAUAUAUCUUGAAAAACUGGAACCAUUGAGAUUGUUGCAAGUAAUAUGAUGUUUCAUACAUCAGCAGAGUGAGUGAUAGCGAUUUUUAUACAGAUUUCUGAUUGUAAUAAAUAGUAAUUUACUUACAAAUAAAAAAUUUGGAAUAAAA